UAUCAGUGUGCUCUCGGCAGGCGACGUGCAAGUAUCGUGUGUGAGACGUGCUGCUGUGUUUGAUUGUUUUGAGGCAUUGUUGUGAAGAUAAUGGAGCCUUUCUACUCGUUGCUUGUUGUUAUGGGACUUAACUCUGCAGCUGCAGGGAAAGAGUCCGACAAUAUAGAUUUUAUCAGCAAAUUACCUGUGGAAAUAGCCCAAAUGAUCUUAAGGCAACUGGACUCCAAGUCGCUGCUGGCUGCAGCCUUGGUGAGCCGCCGCUGGCUGCAGCUGUGCCGCUCGGACGCCGUCCUCCGCGGGCGGGUCCGGCGCCAGCUGCGCAGGGAGCAGCGGGAGCGCUCGAACCCGCGCGCCGCACAGCGCACCGUGCUCAGGGACGUGCAGGCCGAGUUCCGGCUGCUCGCCCCUCGCAACGGCCAGCUCAAGGUGCAGGUGCCAGAGCAGCGAGGCCACCCGAUGCACGCAUCUCGCUUCUGGAACAGGACGAUGCCCCAGGCUCGCCUGCUGGCACAGGGCACCGCCGUCCCGCGGAAACUGCCCCAGCACCCCCCCAAAACCAGUGCCUCGUCUCCCGCCAACAAGCGCCGUCGCAUGAGGCUGUGAGCCACUCGACGGACGCAUCGCCAGUCUCUGGAACAGACUGGUGGUUUUGUUGCUGUAUUACCUUCGCCCGUGAAAGAAGUCACGUUUGAGAGAGAUUGCAACUCCUUCAACAGCAAGAUGUUUUGAUGUUUGUAAAUACAUGUCUUGUUUCAUGGAGUACUUGUACAAUCAAAUGAAUAAAUGAAUAUGAGAAAAAUACUUUGGCUUUCUAUCCCACAUUCCUACCAACUGCAUGCUGAUAUUAUUAAAUAAUUUAUCUGUUGUGAAUACUGAACAUUUUGAACUCAAUUUCAGUCUUUCCUGUCAUAAUUAGUAUUCUUGACACCUUCUUUCACUGAGAAAAUGUUAGGACAAUUAAUUUUGUAUUUUAGUGCCUUCUUGAUUGUAAGUCAAAUACUUGGC